AUGAAGGCCCUGAGUAGCACCACGUGCUUGCUAUCCAGCCACGUGCUCUUGGCAGUGCAGAUGCAAACCCGGGACCCGUUUGUGUUUGGCUCAGCAUUUGCCGUGGACAAGAUGCGUCCUGUGUCCUUCAGGAUAAAGUUAUCAUCAAAUGUCUCCCCCGGCGGAGAGGAGGCAGAGUUGGCUGAGACUACGACUGGAGGCAAAGCUGGGAAGGACAGUGGCAAAGCCAAAGCCAAGGCCGUGUCGCGCUCACAGAAAGCUGGGCUGCAGUUUCCUGGGGGCCGCAUCCACAGACAUCUGAAGACACGCACCACCAGCCACGGAGGGGCGGGUACCUCUGCCGCCGUCUACAGUGCUGCAAUCCUGGAGCACCUCACUGCCGAACUUACCAUCCUUGGAGAUGAAGAGGUGGAUUCUCUCAUCAAGGUGACUAUAGCUGGCGGUGGUGUGACUCCUCACAUCCACAAAUCUCUGAUUGGGAAGGAGGGACAGCAGAAAACCGCUUAG